GCGCUGUGUGCAGCCGUGUCUUGCCGCCGUUUUGCACGGAGGUAAUCCCAAAUCCCUUUUCUACUUUCCUUUAUUCGGAGUUCUUUUGAUUUUCAUCUGCAUUAUGCAUCUCCUAUAGCAGUAUCAAUGUGUGCGUUAGGAAUUUCCGGUAAAUAAACAAGCCCAAGUGGGUAAAUUGCACUUUUGCAUGGGAUUUCGAAAUCAGACGCUGGGAAAUUACAAAUUACAUAUUAAACGCAUUUGUCAACAUUUGUUUCAUAUCUCAAAGUUCGAAUGUAAAAAUGGAAACACGGAAGUCCGACACUGGAUUUCAAAAUAAAGCUAUUAACAAUAUUUUCACACGUUUCUAAUAUGUUUGUAGUUUACAUUUAAUUGACGACUAGUUUUUAUUACUAUGUUGUUUAUCAAAAUAGUCCUCAAAACCUUGAAUUUCUUUUGACACUAUUUAGUUUUCUUGUAAAAUCUACACCUCUCAUACUUGAUUUUUUUUUUUUUUUUUUACAUGAGAAACUUUUUAUUCUUGUAAUAUUAUGACUUCAGCCAAAAAAUAAAAUAACUGUAGACGUAAAUGGAUUAUAUUCCGACUUUUUCCUUUUACUUCAUUAUCGCCUAAGGUUGUAAUUUUAUGAAAAAUGAAGUCAUAUUUGAACUUUAGUCUCCCAAUACACGCCACAUAACAUGUUUGGACAUGUUUUAACUUUAUUCUCAUAACCCAUUCUGCCUUUUUAUGAAAUAUUGCUACUCAUGCCUGUAAAUUAAAAAAAAAAAAAUCCUCCAAACGUUUAAAUUCAGAUAUUCUUACAUUAUGACAACAAUCACUUGGCAACAGGAGCUAUCAGGUGUCUUACAUCAUUUUUAUAUCGCUGUCCAAAGGUUUAUGGAAACUGAUCUUCGUUUGCACUUUCUGAGAACAUCAGCAGUUACACGCUUAACUUCCUUUCCAUACUCCAAAGAAGUCUUGUGAAAUUGUGCACAAAAAAAAAAAAAGUCUCCAGGAUGAAGAAGAAGCUGCUCGUGGACGUGGACUGCGGCGUGGACGACGCGCAGGCCAUCAUGUUGGCGCUGGCCGCCCCCAACGUGGACCUGCUGGGGCUGACGUGCGUACACGGGAACACCACGGUGGAAAACGUGUGCAGGAACACGCUGCGUGUUCUACAAGCUUGCGACAGGCUCGAGAUUCCAGUGUUCAAAGGUGCCGCCAAGCCCCUCCUCGGCAACACGAUUAACGCGAGUCACUUCCACGGGCGGGACGGCCUCGGCGACGCCCCCGACCCCCUGGCUCCCGGCGUGGACCUGGUGCAGGAGGAGGGCGCCGUGUCGGCUAUGAUCAGAAUCGUCAACGACAACCCGGGAGAGGUAACCCUGGUUGCCACGGCGCCACUCACCAACCUGGCUCUGGCCGUGAGGUUGGAUCCGUCCUUACCGACCAAGCUGCGAGGGCUCUACAUCAUGGGAGGCAACACUGAAUCUCGGGGGAACACCACAGUGUGCGGAGAGUUCAACUUCGUAGCCGAUCCAGAAGCGGCGUACAUCGUGCUGAACGACUACCAGUGUCCCACCUACUUGGCAUGCUGGGAGUUUACCCGCUACAGUAAACUGUCCUGGGAGUUCUGCGACGCCUGGCUAGCGCAGCCCACCCACAAAGCUCGCUUCAUGGCGCGCAUCUUCCGCCACAGCAUCGAGGUGGAGUUUGCGGGCGACAGCGGCUUCGUCUCCUGCGACUCGUACGCCAUGGCCGCCGCCGUGGACGACACGCUCGUCACCGAGAGUGACCGCUACCCGGUUAGCGUGGAGCUGACUGGCACGCACACGCGGGGCAUGAUGGUGGUGGAUACGUUGGGCUGCCUCAAGAAGACUCACACGGCUUUCAUCAUGAAAAAGGUGGACAUGGACAAGUUUAAGGAGAUGAUGAUGGCAGCCUUGAAAUAGUUACUAAAGCACUGAGGACAAUAGCAGAUGUCAUCUAUUUGAGGGUGUGCAUAUUUAUGCAACCAGGUUAUUGGUUUGUUUUUUUGUUCCCCCCUGAAAAUAUUACAUUUUUAUCAAUUGAGUUGUACAGAUUACAGGUCACAACAAUGAUGGAAAAAGUUUGGAAAUAAUUUAUCGCUGCCUCCUUUUUUUUUUUUUUUAUUAUUAUUAUUAUUUUUAUUUUAAGGACCACAUCAAUAUAACCUGACAGCCUGUUUCUUUUCACCUCCUGACUACCAGCAGUUCAAAUUUGUCCUCUAGAGUGGACAUUUGUAAACUUGAAUAUCUCCCACCCACUACAUAAUACUAAUAAUACUUUGGCCUCCUAUGUAGGACAUUUCAAGCUUUUCAGUGAUACCAAAUGUGAAGGGGCGUGGCUUUGGUAGCUACCGCUUUCUCAUUAGUUUUAAAACAAACCCGAUUGGAUAAUAUUUUUUCUCUCUGGUAGUCAGGAGGUUCAGUGUGGCCCUAAUAUCGAGUUUUCAACAACACGCACUACUUUAUCAUACACAAUUUGUCCGCGAAGAACGAUAAACACUCAAAGCAAAAA